AUGCUGCCAAAUCUGAUCAAUACUGUUGUUUACUAUGUGCCUCGAUGUGUUUUUGUUUGUGCGUCAGGCACAUUGUUUUCACAAUGUUACUUCUCGGAUGCUCAGAGCUGGAUGCCUUUAAUCAGUAAGUGCCCUUUUCACGGCACUGCUAGGACUAGCAAUUUUUGUUACAUGAUGUUACAUGACAACACUUUGGCCCUGUCGGGUGAAACUUGUGCGAACUCGCCCACAGGGAGGUUGAUGAGCUUUGCGAAGGCCAAGCGCGAGCACAAGAAAAUUGAGGCACGACAAGAAAAGCGAGAUUUGGAUGAAAAGUACAAGGCCAUGGAGGAUGAACUAAAGCUGAAACAUGCAGACGAAUUGGCUGCCUUCCAACCCGAAGAGAGUUGUGAGAUUGUUGAUGACCACAUUGGCUAUUUGGAAGUAGAUGGGGAAGGCACUCGGAAGUCAAGGCUUCAAAAGAAGAAGGAUUUGCUAGCUGAAAUCGAGAAAGAGCUCAGGGAAGGUCCUGCAGAAAGUGGUUAG